UCCGCGCCACUCCGCUCCGCGGCUCCGGAAUCCGGAACACCACAACGGGCACAACGUCCUUGUCCUGCCGCCGAUCGAUGGUUAUGUACGCGCGGUUAUGUGUCGCGGACGGUGAUGAGUACAAAUUUCCUCCUAUAAUUAUUUCCCCGACUUUCCUGAUCGAGUACGCGAGUACCUUGAAAUAAAAAAAAUAAAAAAAAAAAACACUUCUCGCACGCGUGAUCAGUUUUAUCGGCGGCGAGAACGAAGGGAAAGAAAAAACCCGAGACACCGGCGCACGAGGUGUUACGCAGUAUCCGCCACGAGUUUGCGGUUAUCUCGUCUCGGGAGGUCCGACGAUCGUAAAUGAGACCGAGCAGCUUGAUCGCGCUCCGUGCGGGGGAUUCGUAACGUAGCGGGGUAUCGGGAGCGAACGAUGUACACGUGGAAGCUGACCGGUCACGUUCUGAGAAGGUUCAACGCCGGUUACGGCGACGGUAACGGUAGGUUAGCGCUCGUCCUGCAGCACUGCGGCCCGAGGGCGCAAGGUCGCGGCAGACUUGGCAGCUACCGCAGGAGGAUAAGCUCGUGGGUCCGGGAGCAGGGCACGCAGGUGGCCCAGGCCUGCAAGAGGCAGUUCGAGUUCGUGGCGGCCCAGAGGAUCAGGAGGUGCAUCCAGAUAUUCCACCUGUACACGAGGAUAUGGGACGAGAUAGCGCUGAGGGAGUUCAUGCGCCAGUGGAGGCUCAGACUCGCCAAGAACGCCAGGAAUUUCCUGAUAAGCGCGGCCGGCGUGAGCGUGUACAACUGGGACCGCGACAGGAUAAGCGACGAAGAGAUUAAUAGGUAUAAUCGUGAGAUUGAGGGAAUUUACAGAUUGCGAGACUCCACGGUGGUCUGCGCAAAGUGUCAUUUGCGAAUUAUUAUCGACACUGUACAGCCUAAUGUAAAAUACUGUAAAUGUAAAUGUGUAGUUCAGCCUCACGCUGCUUCUCACGAAGAUCGAGACGGCUGGCAACCUUUUAUCGAGCGUCAGGAUAUGUUGAUAUGGAGGAAAAUAGAGCCUGGUUCGGGUGGAUUAUUUGCCUACAAAGUGUACGGUUCGUUCUCGGAUGUUACUGCCGAAGAUUUUAUGCAAGUACAAAUCGAUGUAGAUUAUAGAAAGCAAUGGGAUCCCACUGCUCAGGAGCUGCAGAUUAUUGAGACUGAUCCGAAGUGCGAAUCGUCUGUUAAUCAUAGCACUGAUGUUAUUCAUUGGGAAAUGAUCUGGCCUAAAUUAUUUUCUAAUAGAGAUUAUGUAUAUCAACGGCGAUGGGUCAUGGAUAGGGAGAAGGGACUUGUAGUCAUUGUCAGUCGAGUGACGGAACAUCCCGAUAUACCAGAAAGAAGAGGAAUUUGCAGAGUCAGAACAUAUUGGUCGUACAUGGUGAUAAAACCUUACACGGAAUUCCACGAGCCAGGCAUUGAAUUUGGACUUACUUACUUUGAUGAUCCUGGCGUCGCUGUACCAUCCGCUGUCACUGCAUGGGUAGCACUGAGAGGUUUACCAGAUUUUCUAGUUCGUAUGAGACAAGCCUCAAAAGAUUACCAAAAAUAUAAACUAAUGAAAAAGAAUGCGCCUGACAGUAAUCGUCUUACUUUAUCUGAAGAGGGCAUUUCCAAAGAGCAAAUCAAAGUCAAUGUAGAAGAUAAGUUAAAGAAUGAUGAAACAUCGAGAGAUUAUAAAGAUCAACAAGACGAUUCUAACGAUACUAACGAUACUAACAAGUUAGAUGUGACGCAUGGUGUACAGCAAGAAAGUGACUUGACGGAAAGUAAAAAUAAGGAUAUCCCUACUGCACCUAAAGAAGAGCAAGGUUUAUUACAUUAUUUCUAUCUUACGAAAUUAUUUACAUUUUUUGAUUUUUGACAAAUGGAUUUAAUGCAGUAACUUUUGACUAGUAGAUGUUUUAACGUGAUUUCGCAUGGAGGAAACAAUAAUCUGCCGAUAAAGCUAUAGAACAGAUUCGUGGAUGAUAACAUUGUGGAACAACUGACAUUUUAUUAACGUAUAUUGGACAAAUAAUACUACUGGUUUCAUAGAUAAUAAGAAGGAAUUGUGAAUUUGAUAUGAUCAACUGUUCACCGUCCCUUUUUAAAAAAGUAUGAUUUCUAUUUUUUAUAAGAAGGAACAAAAAUAUAUUAAUCAAGAAGUGAGACUGAUUAGGUAUGUCAUCGCCUUUAACCAUUUGUUCAUCGAAAAUUUGCAUUAUAUGUAAGAUAAUGAACAAAAGCAAGCAAAGUCUGACUUUUAGGUUGUGGAAACGUAAUAUGUUGAGCUGUUUAAAUUUGAUAAUUUAUACAGUAUAAAAAUAUCUGUACAAAGCAAAUUGAAUUCAUCGUAUCUCUAAAUAUAGUAUGAGACACAUAAGAUAUAUUUAUGUAUUAUUUAAUUCAUUUGUGUAUAUUUGUCACAAAUGUGAAUUUACAACAAAAACUUCAAUUCUUUUGAUGCUAUACUUUUCUUAAAUUUGUAUUAAUAUUAACCUUUUCAGAGUAAUAUAUAAAUA